GUUACAUUGCAAAAUUUAAAAAAUGUGCUGUAUAUCACAGAGUAGUGAGAAUCAUGUAUUUAUAAAGGGAAAUACUCAUAACAACAUAACUACAGAUAUUUUAGUAAUACAAUGUGAUGUUUAUAAUGUCGAUCUGUUUUAUCUUUACCUAUAACUAUUGAUGAGGACAGAGCUAUUAAAAGAGAAAAAAGAACUUUAGUAUUGAUACUUUUGUGAACGUGGCUGGCCUUGGGUCAUGUGUUGGGGCGAUGUCAUUUCCUGUGUUGCAGGAACCUGGGAGGCGGAGCUGCAACCUCGUCACAGAUGCAGCACACCUGAGGAAGCUACAGUGGGAGGCCAUAAAGCAGGCCUUGGCUCACUGUUCUCACUCUCUCACCUGGUUUGUCACCUGCGUGGCUGCCCUUCUUUGGAACUGUUGCUUUAGUCAAGUGGUAACAAAUGGAGGCUUCACUACUCCUUCCUUUGUUUGGAAAUAUUACGGAUGUCGCUCCAGGGAAAGGACUUGUUAGGAUUGAGUUUGCUGUUGGGGCUGUAAAUGUGGAGACCCUGUGCAUCCACUCCCAAUAAAAGGUUCUACAUGAUGUCAGAAGUUGCUGAUCCAUUUGAACGGGUAAAAGCCGUUGUCUUAUCUUGUCAUGAGGGAGCUACAUGUCAGGAGAAGGUUGAUUUUUACAACUCCUGGGCAAUGACUUAUGAAGAGGAUGUUGCUGUUCUGGAAUACCGUGCACCACGUUUUGCAGCCGACACCAUCACCAGUCACUUCAGUGGAGACCGUGAGGCAGCCGUCGUGUUGGAUGUGGCCUGUGGCACAGGACUAGUUGCUAAAGUGUUGAAGAAUCAUGGAUUUCGACAAUUUGUGGGAAUUGAUGCCUGCGAACCUAUGUUGGAGAUGGCCAGAAAAAAAAAUCUGUACCAAGAUCUGAAGUUGACUGUGCUGGGGGACCAACCGCUGCCUUUUCAACAAGAGACUUUUGACGUUGUUGUGAUGGUUGGAGCUCUGUCCAUUGGCCAUGUCCCGCAUGUUAUCAUUAGAGAACUCUGCAAAACCACUAAACGGGGUGGCUACGUUUGCAUGACAACGAGAGCCAACCAGGACAAUCUGGAAUAUAAAGCCGGCCUGGAACAGGAAAUCAAGAAGAUGGAGGAUGAGGGUUUGUGGACCAGUGUAGCAGUCACUCUCAUAGAACAGUGGGAGAGGGCUGUCUCAGAGGAUGAAGAAGGAUAUAUACCUGGAGUGGUCUACCUCUGCCAGAAACUGUAGUGCAGGGGUCAGUAAUGCAGAUCUCCCUUAACAUAAGGAACUAAAUAUUAAAAAUAACUGAUGAAAAGCUGAAAAGAGUUGUAACAUUAUUUAGAUUCAAUGCGGGGCAGCGGUGGCUGGGUGGUUAAGGAAGCAGACUUGUGUCCGGAAGGUCACAGGUUCAAAGUCGUCAGGUGCCACUUAGCAUGGCAGUGGCGCUACAAACUGCCCCCUGGGUGCUCAGCUUGGACUGCCUCUGCUCACUAUGGUGAUGGGUUCAAAUGCAGAGAACACAUUUCACUGUGUGCAGUGGUGUGCUGUGAAUCCAUGACAACAUUUCACUUUCACUUACAUGUUGACUAGAUAAAACAGGUGCCUUUACCAAAGUGACCUUUGAGACGUUUUGGUAAGUUUUGUUGCUAUAUUCUAGUUCUAUUUUUUCAACCACCCUUUACCAUUUUCUCUACCUCAAAUAUUAUACGGUAUUAUGAUAGAUUUCCCUACUUUCAAUGGUUAGACUUCAAUAAAUCUGCUAUGGAAACAUCACCUCAAAUUUGAAUGGAAACAGGAACGUAGCUGUGCUUUACCUGUGGAAUGACAAAAAUCAUUUUGGUAAAGCUUCAUAUACAGGUUUUCUUAAUUUGUAAAUUAAUUGAAUACAAUUGACUAAUUCUGUUUAAUCUAUUAAAGUUAGUGAUGUUUU